UGUUAAUGUCAACUGCAACCUGUUAGGAUUACAAUUUUCAUAACAAUCAAGAUUUAAUUCUUGUGGGUGUGGUGAUGACUGAUGAGUGUCUCAUCAUUUUAAUUGAUUUUAAGAGAAGAAUUUAUUGUGAAUAGGAAUAAUUAAAAUGAACCUAAUAUCUGUCUUAAUAGCAACAGGUUUUCUUAGUAUAGCUACCGCUUUGGAGUGUUAUGUCUGUGAAAACCAAGAGGAUAAUAAAGGUAAAUGCAUUACUACGAUAAAAAUAUGCGACUAUGGAGAAGAUACUUGUCUAACAGAAAUAAAGUGGGGUAGUACUCCUUACUGGCAAGAAGGUGCCUUAAAACAGUAUUAUGUAUCCAAAAGAUGUUCAACGAAAAAUAAGUGUCUUAAGUAUAAAAAUAGUAAUAUGGCAUAUUGUACUCAUAUAUGGUGGCAAGAUUGGAGGUGUUCAGAAUGCUGUAAAGGCGAUCGCUGCAAUUAUUACAUCAUUUCUGGCUCCAGUCGAAAAUCAAUACAAGUUCUCACUAUAUUUAUCAUACCAAUUCUUUCAUAUUACUGGCUAAUUUGAUAAAGUGUUCUUGUUCACAUCAACUUCCAAUUUAUUUGUGGAUAUUUCACAAGAACAAAUUACACCCUGGAGAAAUGUUUUUAACAUUUAAAUAUUAUCUACUAAUUAUUGAAUGUGUUCUCAGGGAUGCAUAAAAAAUAUCACAAUUUUUUCCAAACAUAGUUGAUUUCUCAUGUUAUUAUGUAAAUAGUUACCUCCUAGUAAUCAACUACAUAGUUCAAUUUCAAGAUGUAUACUGUUUUUAAUUUCUGUUCUAAGCAUUUAAUAAGAGAGGAAGGUUAAACUUAAAUGUUAAUUAAUUUACAAUUAUUAGAAUCCUCUAGAAAGACAAAGUAAUUUUACUUUUAUACAUUGAAUCCGUCCAUUUUUUUUUAUUUUAUAGUUCUUUAAUGUGUUAUGGUAUAUAACUAUAUAAACAUUGAACAUUUUAAUUAAUUUUUUAUCUUUUUACAUAUCGAUCUGAAAUAUAAAAUUGUUAUUUAUACUCGACAUUGUUUUUAAUGAAGUAUAUUUAAAGAAAGUAAAAAUUUUUUAUACGCGAUUUAUCUACCAUGUAUUUUUUUAUCAUGAUGAUUAUCUGUCCGUCCAAAUUAAAUUAUAUGUAGAAUUUUUAUUAAACAUUUUAAUA